AUGUGUCAUCUCUUAUGUGUAAUUUUUUCUAAGGUGAUAAAAUGCAAGGCAGCUGUUACAUGGGGUAAACAUCAGCCACUUUCUAUUGAAGAAGUAGAGGUACAACCUCCAGGGUUUCGUGAGGUGCGCGUUAAGAUGGUGGCUACAGGAAUAUGUCGGACAGAUGAUCAUGCUUUGCAUGGUGACAUGAGUAAUAUUAAUUAUCCAGUUAUUCUUGGCCAUGAAGGUGCUGGAAUAGUUGAAAGUGUUGGAGAAGGAGUGAAUGACCUAAAUCCAGGAGAUAAAGUAAUUCCAUUGUGUAUUCCUCAGUGUGGACAAUGCUGCUCUUGUUUAAAUCCACACACCAACUGCUGCCUCAAAACACACAGUGAACCUCAAAAUACAAUGCCUGACAAGACAACCAGGUUUUCAUGCAAGGGGAAAGUGGUCUACCUACAUUUUUUGUGGACAAGCACCUUUUCGGAAUACACUGUAGUGCCUGUUGAUGCUGUUGCAAAAAUUGAUGACAAAGCUCCAAUGGACAAGGCUUGCCUUUUUGGAUGCGGUUUUCCUACUGGAUAUGGAGCUGCUAUCAACAUUGCCAAGGUGGAGCCUGGUACUACUUGUGCUGUGUUUGGAUUGGGUGCCAUUGGAUUGUCAGCCAUUAUUGGAUGUAAAGUUUCUGGUGCAUCAAGAAUUAUUGCUAUAGAUAUAAACAGCAGCAAGUUUGAAAAGGCAAAGCUGUUUGGAGCCACUGAUUGCAUCAAUCCUAAAGAUUUUAGCAAGCCAAUCCAGGAGGUGAUCAUAGAAAUGACAGGACAUGGAGUGCAUUAUUCCUUUGAAUGCAUCGGCAGUACAGAUAUUAUGAAAUCUGCCCUGGAGUGUACACAACUAGGAUAUGGGAUCAGUGUAAUUAUAGGAGGUGCCCCAGCAAAUUCCCACAUUACAUUUGAUCCCUAUCUACUCUUUACAGGACGUACAUGGAAAGGCUGUAUUUUUGGAGGUUGGAAAAGUAAAGAAUGCGUUCCCAAACUGGUGUCUGACUAUUUGGCAAAUAAAUUUAAUGUGGAUGGAUUAGUGAGCCAUACACUGCCUUUUAAUCGUAUUAAUGAAGGCUUUGAGCUUUUGGAGUCUGGCAAAAGCAUCCGAACAAUCCUAUUAUUCUAA